UCCUGGGAUUUGUAGUCCGUGCCCGAGUUGCAGUCUCGCAGGCCCAGCAAAGACACCCUCGGGCUCGGCUGGGAAGGUGGCGGGGGCCCGCGGGACGCAAGGCGCUGGGCCCGGGGCCGGCCCCGGGCGGGGAUGGGGCCGAGCGAGGGCAGCCGAACUGGCCCUGCCGCUGCUGCUGGGGCAGCUGCUGGCGCUCACAGGCGGCGGAGACGCGUUCUACCUCGAGGUCAGCGAGCUGGAGGAGAAGUGCUUCAUCCAGGAGAUCCCCGAUGGCACAGUGGUCAUAGGUAACUACAAGACCGAGCUAUACGACCCUGCUAUGGAAAAGUACCAGCCCUCCCCGCAGUGGAUCAAUUUGUUCGUGUUUGUGAAGGACCCCGAGAACAAGAAUCUGCUGGCUCGUCAGUAUGGCCCUCGGGGCAGCUUUACCUUCACUUCUCAGUCUCCCGGAGAGCACCAGAUAUGCCUUCACCUCGAGUCCAUCCGGUUCGCCCUCUUCUAUGAUGGCAAGCUGGCCAUUCACUUGGACAUGCAGUUGGGUGAACACACCAAUGAUUAUACGGAACUUGCAGCCAAUGACAAGCUGACCCUGCUGCAUCUGCGCAUACAGCAACUGGUGGAGCAAGUGGAGAAGAUCCAGAAGGAGCAGGAGUACCAGAGGUGGCGAGAGGAGCGCUUCCGGCAGACCAGCGAGAGCACCAACCAACGGGUGCUGUGGUGGUUCAUUCUGCAGACCUUCAUCCUUGUGGCCACUGGCAUCUGGCAGAUGCAGCACCUCAAGAGCUUCUUUAAAGCCAAGAAGUUGGUGUAGAUGAGCCCUAGAGACCAGAGGCUUAGCCCCCACUCAUUCCCCUUCUGCUGAAUAAUGGGAAGUGGCCUGGCCUGGUCUGUCUCCUGGCUUCUCCCACCCCUCCCAACCCUGAGGGACUUCCUUGUUACUGGUGUGUGUGGGGUGGGGGACAGAGGACCUCUUUAAACUGGUUUCUGAGCCAGGACUUGGGAGAGGAUGGGUUUCAAGCUGGAGACAUAUGGGUGGGAGGAGCUGUAGGCUCCUUUGCUGCUCUGUGAGACUGAGCAGGAGCGGGGUGAGUGUUACCCCAACCCCCACAUUAAACAGGAUGGGUGAACUAAGA